UAAAGUGGAUAUCUUUCGGUUCUGGUCGUUUUGUUAGAUAUUUUCCGCCCCGCAAUACUGUUGUAAACAGUCAAAGAAAUUAUGGCUGUAAUAGAUAGUAUCUCACUUGCAAGCAAGUUCAGGGGAUGCUUAGUUGGUUGUUUAUUGGGGGACUGCCUUGGUGCUCCAUAUGAAGGGGAUUAUGGCAUUUCUAAAAGUGUACUACAGAAAUACUUCGAAAAGUUGGAAGGCCCAUAUUUUAAAUCACCUGUGAAGCAAUAUACAGACGAUGCGGCAAUGACAAAAUGUCUUGCAGAAUCCUUGAUAGCUCAAGAAAAAUUUGAUGCACUUGAUAUUGCUAAACGAUUUGUGAAGGAAUAUUUCAACAAUCCAAGACAUGGAUAUGGACAGCAAGUUGUUGACAUUUUCCAUAAAUUGCGAGCACAGAAGUUUGAGGACCCCUUUGGUCCUGCAAAAGAGCAGUUUGAUGGAUCAGGCUCAUAUGGAAAUGGGGGUGCCAUGAGAGUGUCUCCACUAGCCCUCUUUUGUUAUUCCAACUAUGAGGAACUUGUAAAUUUGGUCAGACGGUCUGCAGAACUAACCCACACACAUAAGCAGGGUUAUGAUGGCACAAUCCUGCAGGCCAUUGCAGUCCAUCAGAGUCUUCACUUAGACCCAAAGGAAACACUGGAUGUUCACAACUUUUCAACUCAGCUAAUACAAAAGAUGUCUCAAAUUGAGAAAGACUGUGAAGGCUUAGGCCUGGAUGACCCAUAUCCCUACCAAACACAGCUAAAGAAGAUGCAGGUCCUUCUGGACAAAAAGGAAGAUACACAUGAUGCAGAGGUUGAGAAAACUUUGGGAACCAGUGUGGCUGCUCUGUAUUCUGUUCCCACUGCCAUCUUCUGUUUCCUCAGGGCCUGUACACCUAUACCAGAAAUAGAUACAGACAAUCCCUUCAGACGUACAGUCCAGUAUGCCAUCUCUCUUGGGGGUGACACUGAUACAAUAGCUAGCAUGGCUGGAGCUAUUGCUGGUGCCUACUACGGUUAUGGCAUUGUUAGCGAGAAUCUGCAGAAACACUGUGAAGCCACGGAACAGUUCAUCGAGUAUGCAGACAAGUUGUACAAGAUCACCGCCUCCAAAUAGUAGCUCAGUUUUGCUGUUUUUUUUCUAUGUAAAUAGACAAAUGUUCUGGAAUGACCUUAUUUCAAAGUGAAUAACACUUUUAACAUUUUUAAAAAAAUGGGAAUGUUUAUCUCACCCUUUUAAAUAU